UAGCGACCCAAAUAUAUGUCUCACAAAUAAAACGUGCGUUUUGCCGCGAGAUAAAAGACCUUACUCUGGUUGUUGCCGUGGUUUGCCUGUAUUUGUUGUUGUACAUAUCCGGAAAGGCAUUACAUCGCGCAACCAGCAAAAUGGGAAACGAGGCGAGUUACCCAUUGGAAAUGUGCUCACAUUUCGAUGCUGAUGAGAUUAAGAGGCUAGGGAAGAGGUUUAAGAAACUCGACCUAGAUAACUCAGGAUCCCUGAGUGUGGAGGAGUUCAUGUCCUUGCCAGAGUUACAGCAGAACCCUCUGGUACAAAGAGUGAUUGAUAUAUUUGACACGGAUGGAAACGGGGAGGUGGAUUUCAAAGAAUUUAUAGAGGGGGUCUCACAGUUCAGUGUAAAGGGAGAUAAGGAACAGAAGCUGCGCUUUGCCUUCAGGAUCUACGACAUGGACAAGGACGGCUACAUUUCCAACGGAGAGCUCUUCCAAGUGCUGAAGAUGAUGGUGGGAAAUAACCUGAAGGACACUCAGCUGCAGCAGAUCGUUGAUAAGACCAUCAUCAACGCAGACAAGGACGGGGAUGGCAGAAUAUCGUUUGAGGAGUUUUGUGCUGUUGUAGGUGGCCUUGACAUUCAUAAAAAGAUGGUGGUAGACGUGUGAGCUCCUCCUACUUUCACACAACACAUGCUUUUCCUCUCCAUCUCUGAAGAUCUGCCCAAUGUCUGAAAAAAAGCCCUCUGUGUGUAUUUAAAUGGAGGUAUUCUCUCUGUGAAGCCAGUUUGUUCAACACGAGCCUUCCAAAGCCAACCUGUGAGUGUUGCACGACUCCCGCCCGUCUGGCUAACUCAGCGUAGCACUUUUUCAGAUUGCGGGAUGGAUGGCAAGUCAUGUGAUGAGAU